AUGCCAACCGCUUCUGCCAACACAAACACCGUAUCCAACAAUAAUAACAUGACAACGCUCCCCACCACCGACAAGUCAAAGAAGAAGAAGAAGCCAACAAAAAAGGCGAAUGACUUGGAUGAGGAUGCAGCUGUAGCAAACGUGCAACAACAUCAUCAUCAGCAACAACAGCAGCAUCCAUCAACAACACACCAUCAACACCAUGCACAUGCACCACCACCUCCACCACCGACAACAACAACAACAACAACGCAUGAUAACUUGUCCACAUCAUCCAAGCGAAAAAAGAAGAAAAAGACCACCUCAUCCACAUCACCUGCAAACAAGUCACCAUCAAGAGCUGAUCAUCCAUCAAGUGGUGCUGCUGCCGCUGCCGCUGUCGCUGCUGCCGCUACUUCAUCUUCACCUCAUUGGCUUCGUGGAUCGAAAAGUACUGGAGAUGCUUUUUGGUCAAGUAUGAGCAACAGCGAAGAACGACAAAAGAUUCGAGAAUUCUGGUUACAAUUGAGUGAGGAUGAACGACGAUCACUUGUCAAGGUGGAAAAGGAGGCUGUCUUGAAAAAGAUGAAGGAACAGCAAAAGCAUACAUGCAAUUGCUCGGUCUGUGGCAAAAAGCGUACGGCCAUUGAGGAUGAGCUGGAAGUGUUAUACGAUGCAUAUUACGAGGAAUUGGAACAGUACGCGAAUCAUCAACGACAAACUGGUAUCUAUGGCCCAUCACCAGAACAAGCCGCAGCUGUGGCAGCAGUAACCGCUGUCGCCUACAACAGCAAUGGUGCAUUUGGAAAUGGUUAUGGUCCACCACAUCACCUUGACGACGACGAUGACGACGACGAUGAUGGAGAUGAUGAAGAGGAGGAUUAUGACGAUGACGAAGAUGACGAAGACGAUGAAGAUGAAGAUGACGCUUCUGUACAGUCCGAUGAUAUAUCAGAUGGUGAUCACAGCUCUUGCGAUGAUGGUUCUACAUCUUAUCCAGCACAAAUCAGCACUACCGCAUCAAAUAAGGAUUAUUUGAGCUUUGGCAACAGUCUUCAAGUCAAAGGUGGCAUAUUGACAGUGGCUGACGAUUUACUUCAAAAUGAUGGGCGAAAGUUCCUUGACAUGAUGGAGAAGUUGGCUGAACGACGACUACAAAAGGAAGAAGAAGUCAGCGAGCAAGCUGAGGAAUAUUUGGAUGAAGUCGAUGAGGACGACGAUGAAGUUUACGAAGAUGAGGAAGAAGAGGACACGAGGACUGAAGAACAGCGCAUGGAAGAAGGACGACGCAUGUUCCAGAUAUUUGCUGCACGAAUGUUUGAACAACGUGUACUUGCUGCUUAUCGUGAAAAGGUCGCUCAAGAACGGCAACAGCGACUUCUUCAAGAGCUUGAGGAGGAAGAUCGUCUUCGACAAGAACGUGAACUCAAGAAGCAAAGAGAAAAGGAACGCAAAAAGGAUAAGAAGCGACAAUUGAAAAAGCAAAAGGAGGAAGAGCGAUUGGCUUUGGAAGCUAAGCGUAAAGCUGAGGAGGAAGCAGCAAAAGCAGAGCGCGAAAGGAAGCUUGAGGAAGAACGGCAAAAGCGUGAGCAGGAACGACUUCGAAAGGAAGAAGAACGACGACAACGUGAAGAAGAGCGUAUACGAAAGGAGGAAGAUAAACGACGACGUUUGAAAGAAGAACGAGAACGCGCUGCCGAGAAAGAAAAGAAGCGAAAGGAGAAAGAGGAAAAGGAGCAACGGGAGCGUGAAGAACGAGAGCGUCUUGAGCGUGAAAAGAAGGAAGCCCUUGCAGCCAAGCGAAAAGCUGAAGAGGAUGGACGACGUGCCAAAGAACAACAGGAAGAGCUUUUACGACAAGAAAAGGCAAAAGCUGAUGUCAAAGCUGAUACGACAAAGAGCUCAAGUCCAUUACCUGCUACAGCAACAACAACAGCAACUCCUAUGCGACCUGUUAUUGACGAAGCUGCUCGACAAAAGACAUUGAUGGAUGCUCUUGUUGGUGCCCCUGCUUCCUCUUCAUCAUCAUCAUCUCCGCAACCUUUACUCAACCGUACCAGCUUGCUUAGUGCGGGUAUCGCCAAUAUUCCUCAUUCAAUGCCUGGUGAUAUCAAGCCGCUUGGUAUGGAUAUGCCACAACCACCUCAUCCUCUUUUCCCUCCACAUCCAUUUGCUGCUCGAGACAUACCACCACCUAUUGGUCCUGUAAGACAAGGUGAACCUGCUACAAGCCCUACUCGAGGAUAUGCACCACUUGGUGGUGGUGGUGGUGACCGAGGGAUGUUACCUAUUGGUCAUGGUCGUCUUUCUUCAUCGUUUGAUGCUGGCCGCACUGUAGCACCACGACCAGGAGCACAAAUUGCACCUAUUGGACAACCUGUCAAUGGCAGACGACCCUCUACUACAGCUGGCCCAGUUGGCAGCCCAAUGGGUUCUCGAAAUCAUUGGCUCAAUAGCGGCGCUGAUGAUGGUAGCAACAAACGGUCGCCACUGGCAACGAGUGAUGCCGAGAAUUCCUUCUUUUCAAAUUUCCUAUUUGGGGAUCAUGGCAGAGACAUGUCUUUGAUGCAUCCAGAAUUGGCAACUUCCAGGUUACAAGAGAGGCGAUUUUCCCUUGAAAGUGCUGGCGUUGGCUGGACCAAUGGCUGGACUGCAUCAACAGCUUUAUCGGAUAAUGUACACGGCAAGCUUUUCGGAGAUGUUUUGUGCGAUCGUACAAGUACAGUAUUGGAACGAGCACGGACGGCAUAUCACAAGUUGGAUGAAAUCACUCAAGCCAAGUACUUUAUGAGCCCGCCUCAAUUUUAUACACUUGUACAACUGCACCGUAUGAUGUGUGAUAUGUAUUAUGAUACGCAAGUGGACAUCCAAGAGCUAUAUGAGGCGAUCAAUACACCUGGUAGUGGGUUCCAAUGUAUCAGCCACGCACAUCACGGUUAUAUUGUCCGCUAUGAUCGACCGUUAGGGAUGUCCUCCAAUUCACCUAUUCAUCCGCCACACUUGACAUCACCUCCCCUAGCACCCCCACUUGCAACAGCAGUAUCAGCAUCGUCAUCUACUACACAGCAACCUCCUACGCAGGCACAGCAACAAUUGAAAGGAAAUCAACAAUUGUUUGGUAGUCUGUCAUAA